GAGUAGCAUUGAUAGCAUACAACGAAUCGGGGAGAGAAGCGAGAAGCAGCAAUUCUGUUAUUAGAAAAAAAUAUCACAGAAACUUUAAUCAUAAUGGAGACACAUUUUCUUACAGUGAGAGGAAACGGAGUUGAGCGUGCAUCGUCAUUCAGUAUGGAGAAGCCGAACAUUUUGCAAAUUCCCAUAGAAGCCAGACGAAGAAACAGUGUUCCAAACUCUGCUUUCAAUUCCAACUUUACAGAAUGUCCUAUGGAGCGCGUCAGGUCCUUUAGCAUCACCCCCAAAGGUUUGCGAAACCGUGGGGACAAAAUCAGAAGAAAGAGCACUCUAAGCAUUGAAACCAAUUCCAGCUACCAGAGUAACUCCAGCCUCCAGGAGAGCGAACCGCGCCACAGUGGCUGCAAUAAUUCCAACGACAGUCUUCAUUCUCUUGAAAGGUUCACAGUGGCCGUAGUGGGGUCAGGGGGUGUGGGAAUGAGGACCCUCAAAAGACAAUUCACGACUUCAGAAGAACUGUGCAUCAAUAAUUGUGAUGCACUAGAUAAUGAUGACGAGGAGGUCUGCGUGUGUUUGGAUAGCGAGGAAUGCCUGCUGUCUUUUGUGAAAGAGGAAGAUUUUAUGCUUCAAGGACCACGCUCAGCAGUUGACACAGUUCUGGUCGUCUUCUCGGUCAUCGACACAGCCUCCUACAAAAACGCUUCCAAGAAACUCCAGGUCAUUCGGCAGGACCUUCAGUACGAUAACCCAAUAUUCCUAGUGGCCAACAAAGUGGACCUUGCCCGAACAAGAGUCGUUUCAGAAAAAGAGGCCAGAAAGCUUGCAGACAAAUACAAGUGUAAAUACGUGGAGACAUCGGUGGUUCUGAACCACAACAUCGAUGAAUUACUGGUCGGGAUCGUGCGUCAGGCUCGGUACCAGCAGGGCGGGUUCGUCAUGUCCGGCUCCACCGAAAGCAUUCCCAAGAACCGAAACAAGGUGGCCAGGUUCACCAACAUUCUCAUCGACAAAAUCAUGAACAUUGGCCACAAGGAAAUUCCUUGCACAAACCUCUUUGAUGUUUGAACUUCUUAAAAGGAGAACUCUUCUCUUUUAUCUUGUGUGGACUGCCAAGGUCUACAAAAACAAAAUGACUUUGCUCAAGAAUUCGUAGAUCGAAAGACAGUUCUUGUGAUGGUCACGUUUGAUUUGGUGCCGUGAGAGGGUUCUAUUUCAGAGAUCCUCCCCAAAUCGCCGACCGAGCCAAAGAUAAAUGGUGCUACAGACCAAUGAUGUGCCUCUCUAUACGAUAGAAAGGUGUAUUCGAUAUCGAAUCGUGAUAUUGGACAUGAAUUAAUUCUGUGAUAUUCAACGAUGUAUUAUAUUUUCAUACAAUUUCAUGAAUAAAAUUCAAAUAUAUUUGA